CAAAUCUUGAAGACUGUAGGAGUUGCGAUUGAUCGCGGCAAGAGCAAAGAUAGCGGCGGUAGAUUCUGAAUCAGUUUGUGUUAUCGCGCUAUUAUAAGCCUUUGUACCCGAUUCCAAGGACAACGAGAAGAACGCUUAGUGCAGGGAAAAGGGCCCAACUUCUUCUUCUUCUCCUCCUAUUCGUGUCAUUUUUAGUAACCCUAGCUUCGUCAUGAACCGCUACGAUCUCAGAUAUUCGGACGCUUCAUCUUAUAACAAGCGAAGAAGCGACCUAUCAGGGUUUGGAUCAGGACCGACGGUGCCGCCGCCUAUCAUGGUCAACCACCCAGCUCCGUAUGGUUCUGGAGGAUCUGAACCAGUUAAUAAUGGUGGCAGGUUUCCAUCUUUUCAGCCUAAUAUUGGAGGUGGGUUUAAUAUUGGCAGGGGUGGAGGUGGAAGUGGAAGGGGAGGAGGGGGAGGUGGUAGAGCGGGUAAUGCUUGGUUUGGAGAUGGUGGAAGGGAUCGAGGUGGUGGUGGUAGGGGAUUUGAUUAUGGUCGUGGGGGAGGAGGAGGAGGAAGGCAUGGUGCUGGCAGAGGGGGGAGAAGUGGUGGUAGACAUGGCGGGGCAAAAGGGGAGUUGGACGGGAUGACUCUUCCAAAGCAGGAUUUUGCUAACUUGGUCCCAUUUGAGAAGAACUUCUAUGUGGAGAGUCCUGCCUUGAAGGCAGUAACAGAACAGGAGGUCUUGCUUUAUCGAAGAAGGCGUGAAAUUACAGUAGAAGGUCAUGAUGUUCCGAAGCCAAUUCAUUGUUUUGAGGAGACUAAUUUUCCAGGUUAUUGUCUUGAGGUUUUUGCUAGGCUGGGGUUUGUUGAACCAACAGCCAUUCAGUCUCAAGGAUGGCCAAUGGCUUUGAAAGGGAGAGAUUUAAUUGGCAUUGCUGAGACUGGUUCAGGGAAAACACUAUCAUACUUAUUGCCUGCUUUGGUUCAUAUUAGUGCACAACCACGUUUAGCUUAUGGUGAUGGUCCUGUUGCUUUGGUUUUGGCUCCUACUAGAGAGUUAGCAGUUCAAAUUCAGGAAGAAACACAGAAAUUUUGUUCAACUACACAUAUUAGAAGCACAUGCGUUUAUGGCGGUGCUCCUAAAGGACCACAAAUUCGUGAUCUCAAAAGAGGUGUUGAAAUUGUCAUUGCUACACCGGGGCGGCUGAUAGAUAUGUUGGCAGAUCAACAUACAAACUUGAAGAGAGUGACUUACUUGGUGCUAGAUGAGGCUGAUCGAAUGCUGGAUAUGGGUUUUGAGCCUCAGAUCAAGACAAUUGUUGCCCAAAUCCGACCUGACAGACAGACAUUGUAUUGGAGCGCCACAUGGCCAAGGGAGGUUGAAAAACUAGCUAGACAAUUUUUACGAAAUCCAUACAAGGUAAUUAUUGGUUCCUCAGAUCUCAAAGCAAAUCAAUCUAUAAACCAGAUUGUUGAAGUUCUAAGUGAUACGGAGAAAUACAACAGGUUAAUCAGAUUGCUGAAAGAAUUGAUGGAUGGAAGCAAAAUACUAAUUUUUAUGGAGACCAAAAAAGGAUGUGAUCAAGUUACAAGGCAACUGAGAAUUGAUGGAUGGCCGGCAUUGGCUAUUCAUGGUGAUAAAACCCAAUCCGAAAGAGAUUGGGUUUUGGCCGAAUUUAAAACUGGCCGGAGCCCUAUCAUGACUGCCACUGACGUUGCUGCACGUGGUCUUGAUGUGAAGGACAUAAAGUGCGUCAUCAACUAUGAUUUUCCAACAUGUCUUGAAGAUUACAUCCAUAGAAUAGGGCGAACUGGCCGUGCAGGUGCGAAAGGAACUGCCUUUACAUUCUUCACGCAUGCAAAUGCCAAGUAUGCUAAAGAGCUAGUUAAGAUCUUACAUGAUGCUAAGCAAACAGUUCCUCCACCAUUGUUGGCCUUGGCUCGAACAUCUGGUGGUGCAAGCAGAGCAGGCAACUUUCGGUCAAGAGGAAGAGGACGAGGUGGCUUUGGUAACCGAGGCCAGGUUUCAGGAUCUAACAACAUUCCUCUUAGUGGGAGGAGGCCGUGGUAGUUUUCUUUUUGGCACUACUACAACUACUACGUUAUAAAUAUCUUAAAUCGUAUUAGGAAGACUGGUUUGAAUUUCAUUAAGUUGGAGGUAUCAUCCUUUAAGAAUUUGUUUUUGACAUAUUAAGUUGUUGAUGCAUACAAUUGGUUAAUGUUGGGAUGAAUUAGAAACUUUUGCUCUUAAUAAAUCUACACUUUUUUUUUUCCUUUUUACUUCAAAUUUAAAAUGAUAUUUUGACUAAAGAAAUUUGAACUUAUUAUGUUGAAGCA